AUGGCUGACGACUUCCAGGAAUCCGAGGUGUUCUUCGAAAGUAAUGCUGCCGGAAUCAGAAUCGAAGACAAUUACACCAAUAAUCAACAGUUUAGAUUCCGUGAUUCAAAGAGGAAAAAGAAGCAAUCGGAGAAGAAGAACAACAAGAAGUCGGUUCCGGUGGAUAUACCGGAGAACUUCUCAAUGAAGUCUUGGUAUCAGUGUUACGAAGAAGAUGGAGAGAUAGUUCCACCGCAUGUGGUGGUAGGACGGCGGCGAGUUGCCGGAGAAAUGGCGUGUUCGGUUUGCUCCGGAAACGGAAGGACAUUGAAAGGAAGGGAUUUGAGUCAAGUCAGGAAUUCAAUUCUUAAGAUGACGGGGUUCCUUGAAACGUAA